UGGUUAGGCUGUUAAACGGCGUACGUAUGUUACAGAUGUGUUUUCUUUUAAAUAUCUUCAAAGAUAAUAAUUACAUUGAUUCCCCAAGUGCUUUUAAGUGAAAUUUGUAUAUUUUUAUGUCAAUGCAUUCUAUAUAGGUUGUUUAUUGAACGUGGUUAGUUUGACAAACGGUGACUCGAUGCUGACACAUAAAGCUGCUGUUGAGACAAUGAGUUCGAGUGUAUGCUACAAGUGUAACCGGACAGGGCACUUUGCCCGCGAGUGCACCCAGGGUGGUGUUGCCGCUCGUGACUCUGGUUUCAACCGUCAGCGCGAAAAGUGCUUCAAGUGCAACCGCGCUGGGCACUUCGCUCGGGAUUGCAAGGAGGAGGCCGACCGUUGCUACAGAUGUAACGGCACGGGACACAUAGCGCGUGAGUGCGCGCAAAGUCCGGACGAGCCGUCGUGUUACACUUGCAACAAGACCGGGCACAUCGCACGGAACUGCCCAGAGGGCGGGCGCGACAGCUCCAACCAGACCUGCUACAACUGCAACAAGUCCGGCCACAUCUCACGCAACUGCCCCGACGGCACCAAGACUUGUUACGUGUGCGGAAAGCCCGGACACAUCUCCCGCGAUUGCGAUGAGGAGCGGAACUAACACACGCCUCUUCGCGACUGCCUAUAUAUAAAAUAAACUAUGUAUAUUAUGAUGCCACGCACGGACGAUAAGCAAAGGACGCGAUACGCGACACUAGAUCGUAAGACCACACGACUGUAUGAAAUUAAUGCAACGGAAUUAUAAAUCAGAUGCAGCAGCGGUAUUCUCGUGACAGACUGAGGUGUAUGAUUUUUAAAAUGUUGACUUGUAUAUAGGUCUCCCCGCCGCGCGAGCGCCGGCGCCGCUCGUCGAUAAGUACGUUAAUGUUUGUUCUUGCACGACGUGAACGAGUUAUUGUGUUUUAAAUCAUUUAAUAAUCGUGAUUGAACUAUUGAGGAGGUAGCGUUACAGUUUUUAGCAUUACAGAGUAUAUAUUUAAUAUAUUUUGUACAGAUUUUUUUGACAAAAGAUAAAUUGGAUGCUGGCGUAUAAUGAGUUUUCAAUGUGAAGAGUGGAGGCCCCGGAGCGACCCGAACCCCUACUGGACUCUCUUGUUCGUCUUGGUAUACAGUAUACGUUGAUCUUACGCGAUCGUAAUGCGAUCCAACGAGUCUCAAUCUUACAUCCUAUCACUUCGCGUGAUUUAUUUUUAUUGUUCAAUUCCUUUGUUUAUGAGAUCCUGCAAACUUGUGGAGAAUUCAGUGGUUAAUUAGAGUUUCAUCAAUCAAAACAUUUUUUAUUUUGUUAUCCCUGUCAAUGUGCCUCUCUGUAACACUGAAAUGUAUAAUGAUACUCGAUUUACAGUAGUGGGAGAUGAUUAAUUAAUAAAAUCUUGCCUUAUUA